AUGAAUGUACGUCAGCAAUUGCAACAGCUCUUAACACUUGCAUACGUGUUUACUUCUGCAUUCAUAUUAUGGAAAACUCUUUCCAUCAUAACCAAUUCACAUUCACCCAUUGUGGUAGUAUUAUCAGGAUCAAUGGAACCUGCAUUUCAAAGAGGUGAUAUCCUCUUUUUAUGGAAUCGUGAUGAUCAUGCUAAAGUAGGAGAUAUUGUUGUGUACGAAAUCAAGGGUAAAUCAAUUCCAAUAGUUCAUCGUGUAUUACGCGAACAUCAUCUGAAAGAUUUCGCUAAACAAUUGUUAUUGACUAAAGGUGAUAAUAAUCCUGUAGAUGAUUUGGGGCUCUAUGCUAAGAAGCAAAUGUAUUUGAAUCAGAAAACUGAUCUUGUGGGAACUGUGAAGGCUUAUUUACCCAAAUUAGGGUAUGUAACUAUUUUAAUUAGUGAGAAUGUAUAUUUCAAAUUCGGUUUAUUGGGAUUGAUGUGUUUGUCAUCGUUAUUCUCUAAUGAAUGA